AUGUUUAAUGCAGCGAAGUGCGGUCGACAACUAUCUGGUAUAUGCGUGUUGAUGCGCGAACGAGCGGAGUCAGCGCGCAACCCGCACGUGUACACCGUGGCCACGCUCACCGGGCACGCCGUGCGCGCCGUGGGGCCCGCCUACACUAUCGUGAUGGACAACCAUGCUGCAAGGGCUAAAGGCCACGCGGAAGCUUUCCGAGCCUCUGGCGAGACCAUCGCCGACAUGGUGGAGGUGUCCACUAUCAGGCGCGAGGACCUGGCCUUCCACCGCGGACUCUGCCCGGGGGAUCACGUCCACCAGGCCAACAACCAGCCCUCCACACAGACCAACCGUGGCCACCAGGGUCCGGCCGGCUUCCUGCUGCUGGUGUCGGGGCUGGCGGCGGGCGGGGUGCCGUACUCGCACGUGGACGUGGCGGGCGCGGCGGGCUCCCUCCCCCUCCCCCCCACCGCCGCGCCGCUGCUCGCGCUCGCCGCGCACUACAAGCUGCUCGGCUGCUGA